AUUUUUUAAAAUUAUCUUUCUAAUCCAUUGACACGCAGAGAUGAUAUCUAAAACACAUUUAGUUACCUAAAAAAAUUCGAGUUGACCAAAUAUAACAUGAACAUUGUGAAUAAAAAUGAAGGAAAUGAGAGAAAGCUUAGUAAAAAUGAAGGAGUAUUGGAAGGAGAGUUGCUGGAAGUAAUGUAUGUUGGGCUUGAAACCGAAGAUGAGCAUGAGCUAAAACCAGAGAAUGGAAGUAGUCAAACCAAUACUUUAUUUCUAUAUCUAACAGUUCUUGUGAUACAAAUGCCAAUACUAAUAAGUGGAUCACAAAUAGUAUGGAAUUCUCCCAGUAUACCUAAGAUAACUUCAAACGAUAGCCAGAUAAAUCCUUUGGACCAUCCCGCUACCACCAUAGAUAUAUCAAUGAUAGCAGGCAUUCCAGGUCUGGCUGGACUUAUUGGAACGCUUGCAUUACCAAAAUUUUCGAACAUUUUGGGACGAAAGUUAAUUUUACAAGUAAUGGUAUUUUUUACUCUAUUGGGAUCGCUACUGUUGACUUUUAGUAGAUCUGUGACUGUGAUAAUUGUUUCAAGAUGCAUUAUUAGUAUAUUUUUACAGGGUGCUGUUGCUAUUGUACCUAUUUAUAUUACAGAAAUUUGCGAGGAUCAUAAUAGGGCUAAAUUUGGUUGCUUUUUAGGACUAUUUCAUCAAAUUGGUCACUUUUAUACGUUUGUAGUAGGACCUUUGUUUAGCUAUAAAAUGUUUAAUUUUUUUAUUUCACUUCCAGCUAUUCCGUUUCUUGCACUAUUUAUAUUUUUCCCAGAAAGUCCUGCUUAUUUGCUUUCCAAAGGUAAGAGAACACGCUGUGUUAAAGCAUUGAAGAAACUGAGACGUAAUAAAACCGACAAGGAAAUAGAGGAAGAUAUAAGAAAAUUGGAAGAAACUGUCAAAUCCAAAGAACGUACUAAGCAAAACUCCAGUAUUUUAUCGUUAUUCCAAACUAAAGAAUCUCGAACAGGCCUUAUGCUAGCAAUGCUACCAUUAAUGGUGAAUCAUCUUUCAGGGGUUGCUGUAAUCAUGUCAUUCUUGGCACCAUUCUUUAAUUCAGCUGGUACUGGUAUCUCUGGUCAUAAAGUAGGUGUAAUGGCAUCUACUGCAAAAAUUGUAUGUUUUGGCAUUACUUCCAGUGUAGUAGAGAGGGUAGGAAGAAGGCGAAUGCUGUUUUUAUCUUCUCUGGCAACAGGAGUACCACUUUUUGGAUUAGGCUGCUAUUUCUACUUGAAACAUAUAAACUCUCCAAUAAUUCACGAAUUGCAAUGGUUGCCUCUUAUAUUGGUUCUUUCGGAUGUCACUUUCUACUCAUUGGGAUUAGGUCCAAUUCCAAUCAGCGUUAUGCAUGAAAUGUUUACUGCUGAGCACAGGGCUGCCGCUGGAAGUUUCCUCAUGUCAGUUAUGGUCAUAGUAAUGUUCUUAUUGACCUCUAGUUUUCCAAUUAUUGCUGCCACUAUUGGAACCCACUGGGCUGUCUGGUUGUUCAGUUUCAGUUGUUUUUUAGGAUCAUUUUUCAUUUAUAGAUAUUUACCAGAGACAAGUGGUAAAAGUUUGUUACAAAUUCAAGAAAUGUUAAAAAACUAUUAGUUUUGUAUAUCGUCAGUGGCGUGCUGGAACUUUUCAAGCGGCCCGGUGAUUUUAUAGAAAAGCGGCCUCCCAUUCUCAUUUUAUCUUCUAUUAUCAGGAUUUUUUAUUCGUUAUUUAUAAAACAAAAAUAUAAAUUAUUUUUUAAUUAAACAUAAAACUUUGAAUUUAAUGACUUUUUUUUAAUUUGCUGUUUUUUUAUUUAAGAAUAAGCAAUCUUACAAAUAAUAAAUGUAUGACAAUAUUGUUUGCAGCAAGGCAGAAAACGUUUAUCCCCCAUAUAAUCUGAUGACCUUACUAGCUUUGAACAAACCGUCAAUCUUUAGGAUUGUUCUAGAUUAUGUUAAGUCGUGUAAAUUGAAACUUAAGAUUAUAAAAUUGUCGUGCAAAUUAAUAAUACUCCAUACCCCUACUUAGUCUGUGGUUAGUCACCCUGAACGACCUGGGUACGGAAAGUUUUUUUUUUUUCGUUCCCUACCCUUGAUCGAUUUGAUUCGUAAUGUUCUUGGUGUAUGGUCAGGAGAUGAUUUUAAGAAGUGUUGCUGGCUAAAUGGGCGCAGUUCCCAAAGGCAUAAAAGAAAAAAAAAAGGCAGAAACCAUAAUAAAUUUUGCCAAAAAAAAUAAAGGCAAAAAACCAUUUUGAAUAAAUGUUAUAUAUGAAUUUAAUGUAAUUAAGAUAAAAGUUAAAUAAAAUAUUUGAAAAUUUUUUAAUUAUGUAUUAAGUUGAAUUUUAGUGUUAUUCUGAAGCUAUUUUCUUGUGGCAUUUUUGUAAUUAACUAGUUUUGAUGGGAAGUAAGCCACAAUUGAAUUUUAGUAAAUCAAUUAUACAAGAAAGUACAAAUACAAGUAUAGUACAAAUACUUUAAUUUAACAAUAUUUAAAUGUUAAUACAGCGCAAUAAUUUACAGAUUAUUUUGCAAUUAUUUUGUAAAAUAAUUAACUCUGGGUCAAUAAUUUUCGCAUUAAAGUAGAUUUUUGAGCAAAUUCGUCGAUAAUUUCAUCAUUUUUAAGCUCAUACAAAGCUUCUUUUUCUAUAGCCAUUGACAUAAAUGUUUCCAAGUGAUGUUGUGUUAAAGUAAUUCUUAACCGAUUUAUGUAUUUCAUUGUUGAAAAGGUUCUUUCGAUUUUCUUUUAACAUAUUAUUUAUUAGUGUGGUAGAGUUAUUCUUUUCUAAUUCUGAAUUCGCACUAUAAUAAAUGAAAUGGAAGCUUUUUUUAGUUUGAAAAUCAUUCCUAAAAUAUUUUAAUUUUUCAAGACUUUUUUUAACCAUUCCGUACGCAGCCAAAAUAUUCAAACCAUCUGUUUACAGAUCUUCAGAAAGAGGAGUUGUGAUAGUAAAUAUCCUCAAAAAUGUUGUAGCAAUCAGGAUUGUUUCGAACGUUGCGAUAUUUUUCAAGUGAGCUUCAGAUAAAUAACGAGUUGUCAUUACCACUGUUAUUGUUAAUCUCUUCUAAUCUUAAAAUUAAUCCAACAAACAUCUAAAAUUACAUCUAAAAUUUUUUGUGAAAGAAACUUAUUUAACCGGCCUCGAGAGGCCGCAGCCUCUCGGUGAUUGCACCGUUUCAUUUAUAUGGCCAGCACGCCACUGUAUAUCGUUAUAAAUAAAACGUUACGGAAUGUUCCUCUGUUUAUUCUAAUUUAGAUAAUAUACAGGGUGGGCCAAAGAAAAGGGUCCACCUCGAUAUUUGGCAGUAGUUAUUAGAUUUUAAGGAAACGCCGAAACAGGUCGAUUUUUAUUUUUAAAUUAAAAUUUUUUGAUAUAUAUUUCAUACUAGUAACGUCAUCCACUUGGGCGUGAUGACGUAAUCAAUGAUUUUUUAAAUGGGAAUAGGGGUCGUGUGGUAGCUCAUUUGAAAGGGCGUUCAAUCCUCUGUUGAGUAAUAUAAACAUUAAUAUCAAAAUUUAUACAAAGUGGCCCACAAAAAGUUAAUUGACGAGAAAAGUAGAAUGUAUAUAAUUUAUUUAACUUAAAAUACAUUCUAUUGCUGUCUAAAUAAACAUUUCUUUUCGCUUAAAUUAAACACAAACAACCUCCCACCUACCUCUUGGCAGUUUGAACAUUUAAUUUAAGUGAAAAGCAAUGUUUAUUUUCCACAUAAACAUUUUUUUCUAUUUUAUGACAGCAAUGCUAUGUAUUUUGAGUUAAAUAAAUUCUUCUUUUUUCGUCAAUUUAUUUAUUUCAAAAAUUAUUUUUUUGGCCACCCUGUAUAAAUAAUGAUAUUAAUGUUUAUAUUACUGAAUAUAGAAUUGAACAUCCUUUGAAAUGAGCUACCACAUGAUCCCUAUUCCCAUUUAAAAAUCAUUGAUUAUGUCAUCACGCCCAGAUGGACGACGUCACUGGUAUAAAUAUACCAAAAAAUUGUAAUUUAAACAUAAAAAUCGACCUGUUUCGGUAUUUCCUUAAAAUCUAAUAACCACUGCCAAAUAUCGAGGGGGACUCUUUUCUUUGGCCCACUCUGUAUAAAAGCAUAUUAGUCCAGUCGGCAGAUUUGGUAUCUAAAAACGAGACAAAAAACUGGAUUUUUCUGAGAAUGUCAAUUUUGGGACCCCAACAAUAUGCAACAUAUACAUUUUCACUCCUACCCUGGGCUUCCCCCUAAGACCUCCCCUCGAGGAGGGGAGACGAAAAACAUCGAUUUACACCUAGAAAAAUGUUUCAAAGCUGAGAAAUCAAAUAAACGUAGCUGAAAUAAACUUUAACAAAAAUGAAAAUAAAAGAGAGACGUACAUGCUCACAAUGGUACCCUGUCAAAUUAGCCCCGUCAAUAAAGCUCCGACAAAAUAGCCCCGACAUAAUAUGCAGCACACAAAAUAGCAGCGUAAUAAUAGCUCGCCCACAAAAUAGCCCCGACAAAAUAGUCCCGACAAGAAAGCUCCCUUCAGGAUUCAUCAUGAAAUAAUCCCUUAAAAAUAUAUUUUUUCGGAAAUGGUAAUUAUCCUUUAUUCAGAUGUUUAUCUUAACUACAUUAAAUAAAAAUGGCGCCCAUGAUUAGUUAGUUUUAUUUAUUUCGUUCGUCUUUAGCCAUUAUUCAUCUUCAUUCAUUUCAAUACAUUAUUCUUAUUUUAUUAUUUCACCUUUUAGUCAUCAUUAUUAUCUACAUAGAGCUACUGUUCUUCGACAGGCAUGCAAAUGAGCCGUAUCCAUCCUUGAGUGUCAAGCUGCUCUCUUGCAUCUAUAGCUAGCCAACUCUAUUCAGUUUGCCUCUGUCUCUUCCCACUUCCACUUCUAUCCCUUCUAAUCCCCUUUCCUUCAGGACUACUGCAAAGUAGUAUUUUUUAUUUUCUUACUUCGGCUUCAACCUAGAAGCCACUUCACUGUCUUCUUUUCAGCCACAACUAUUUAGUUACUUAGUCUUCUUUUUUUUUCUUACUUCUGUUGGAGUAUAUCUUUUUACUUUCACUCCAACAGAAGUUUUCUUCUUUUUGUUACACUGUCUUUUCAGAGAACUCGAACCCUUUCUUCUGUUUCGAUUAAAUGUGUUCUGCUUUUCGAUUAAAUUCAAUGUUCAAGUCAGCUCUCGCCAGCCAUCUGCCUCUUGGAAGUUUGAACAUUUAAUUUAAGCGAAAAUCAAUGUUUAUUUGUGAUAUAAACUUAUUUUGUGUUUUCUGGCAGCAGCAAAAUGUAUUUUGAAUUAAAUAAAUUAUAUACAUUCUUCUUU